AUGGCCGCUCACACGGUCAAACUCCUCCGCCCCAGCGCCCUCCAACUCGACGCCAACACACCCUGCGUCCUUGAAAUCCACAUGCCCAUGACCCUUCCGCACCGGCUUGACCCGUCUCUGCCGGCGCCUCCGUACCACGCAGGCACCAUAACGGCCGAAGACUUCCGCGACGAUCACGCCAUGCCCCUGCUGCGAGGCCUCAUGGCGCGGCCACCUUGGCGGCCCAGACAACUGCAAAAAAGGACGAUAAUGGCAUCAGCCGGUUUCGACUUUGCCGCCGGGUACUGGAGGGACAUGCACGGUAAUGAGGGCCAUGGUACGAUUCAUGCGUAUGAGGAUGUGGGUGACUGGAUUGAGGUUCUUCACGGAUUCAAAUUCCACCUUAUGAAUCCGCGCGUUCUCCGGCUUGAUGUGGAGGAGGAGGAUGGUGGCAGUGGGGGGGGGUCAGGGAGUAUACUGAGGAUAUCAGAGCACGCUCUGUGA